AUGGCAACAGCAAGAUAUGGUUUACACAUUACGCAGCAAACAGUUAUCAGAGAUGCGGCAGCAGUCAUCACAAUGCUGGAGGAAAUUGGCAAUGUUGGCGAGAUCUGUCUGCAUCCUCAAGUUGGUGAAAGAACACUAGAAGUGCUGCAGAUGGCACUCCAAGGUAUGGCUAAUAGUAAAUUCGAUAAAGUAUAUAAGAAGAAAUAUUGAAUUAAAUAGUUUACUUGAUAAUUGGAAUAAAAUGC